GCUGCCAGCACUCAGUGCGUAAUGCACACUCCAAAUCGCGUUGAAAAGUAUUAAGAAGGCGAUAUUACAACAGUGAAUAUAUUCUGCAAUCCGUUCAAUUACUUAAUUUAUAGCUUGAUACUAUAUUCCAAAAUAACAAAACAUUGAAAAAAUGUAAAAUUCUUUGGCAAACCAAUUAAUAGCGAACCAAUUAAUAGAUGACCCAGGUCAGGCAAGGCUUCGUAACUGCCGACAUACCGAAUUGUGCAUUCGAAGGCACCAUUAGUCUAGUUUAUACAUUUCAGAUGGUUCAUGUAAUUUUCAGGGUUUAUGCAUACCCCACAACAUGACAGACGUUACGACGAACUCCCCGAUGGCAGGCGUGUCUCAGCACCACCACAUAUCAGGGGCUGUGCGUGUAAGUUGAAGCAAUGCAUACAACUCUGUUGUUUAAACAACGAGAUGUUAGACAGCACGUCAAAAAAGUGUGUUAAUAUGAAUGCCGUUAUAUACCCACGCAUCAACACUUAUACGGAGAACUUGACAGAAAAUACCAUGAUCGACGUGUUUCAGGAUUUCCUGCCACAACAGCGUAUGCCUUGUGAGGAGUUUAAAAUUCUAAAUUCCGAACUGGAGAGUGAUUUCAAUAUUUUAUUCGAGAACGGAACUAUAUAUCAUGCGAUGAAAGAAGAUUUGUUUUGAUUUUUGUCUAACUCCCUUCUGGUACAAAAAUCAUUGAGCUUGAAUCCCAUCAAUUGUUUAAAGAAAUCCAGCAAUCCAACUAACUUCUUACAGUGACUCAAAGUUAAAAUUAACUUUUAACUUUUAAACUUAAGAACUCAAAUAAAAAAAAAUUAAUCAAAAUUUGGCAAAAAUAUAUAUUUUUUAAAAUUGUAUUUCAUUUUCUUUGUUAUAAACCCAAAAAACUUAAAAAUAUUUCAUCUUGACCAGGAAAAAUAAAAUAUAUGAACAGAAACACAGAAUUGCGGUCUCAAAGUUAUAAUGG